ACCGGAGCCAGAUGUAGAUGCUUUAACAUCAAAUAAAGCUAGUGCAGGCUCUAGCAUAGAAAAUAAAUCUACCGCAGGAAAAGCUAGUCUUGCAUGCUCAGCCGUUCAGCCUACAGCCCCACCCCCUUACGAAGAUGAGACCGAAUUAAUAGUCGCUGUAGCAGCUGCACGCACACAACGUCAGCAUUCUGAUCAACCAGCUCAAAGAAAGUGACAAAAAACCUGAAUCACAUGCAACGGAUCUCAGCCGUCUCUUUGAACAAGAUCAGGAAAAACAAUAUAUACGCCGCGAGGAAGAAUUAGCAGAACAUAGAAAAAGAGAAAAACUUUUGAAAGAAGAAUGUGAGGAACUUAUGAAAAACAAUUUAGACGACUAUGAAGAAAAACUUUUGCAUCAGGCAGUGUCCACGAUAGACACCCACAUGAAACGCCACGAUAUCGUAGCUAGAGGUUUAGAGGUAGCUAAAGAAAUACCUGUUACCCGAACUUUAAUAAAGACUUAUCUAAAAGGAAAAAAGGAAAAACAAAGCCAGAAUGACAAAGGUCCUUACGCCAACACUCGCGGUAAUAAACAAACAGAACCAAAAUCUAGUGACGUCAAUGACACUUACCCCUUUAUGAUAAUAGGAGAUCAGUGUUGUAUUCAGCCCCCUAAAAUCUCAGAAUUAGUGGCAACUAUUAAAGAGCUUCCCGAUCCUCUUAAAAAUCCUACAGCCUUUGUCUCUGCACUACAGAGAAGUACCAGAUAUCACCAUUUGGGUGGUCCGGAUUACAGGUACAUAUUGUGUCAAUGCAUUCCUGGAGUAACCGAGUCACAACUCAUAGAAGAGAUAGGUGAAUUAGAUCCAAAGUGUGAUAAAGCGUCCACAACUGCAGAGUUCUUGUGGGUAAAUGAUGACAAAAUCACCGGUUUCUUUAGGAAUCUAAAGAGAUUCCUGUUAACAAUGUCCAGAGACAAAAUUGACUUAAAUGGAGUAACUAUGUGUAAACAGAAGCCUGAUGAAUCUAUCCUAGUAUUCAUAAAACGCUUCGUGCACUGUUGGACUAACGAGGCAUGCAUGCCUGAAGAUGGAAAUGAUCAGAUUUUCAUUACUACCUUUUUGAACAAUAUCCACCCUGAAUGCUCUCAGUUGCUAAAUGUGACAGCUACUAAUAAUCUCUAUGAACUGAGUAAAGAUGCCUUUUUAAAGCUUGUAAAACUGAAGGCCAGUGCAGAUCUUUUCCCUACUACCACGAAAGCUAAAAGUGUUAAAAUGAUGCUGAAUUUUGAUGUUGCAGAUCCAGAAGAAAGUGAGAAACUAAUGUAUGCAGGAGUACAGCAGGGAGGUUUCAGAGGGCGGAAAGAUAAGAGUAGAGAUGUGUGUUUUUGCUGUGGAAAGAGAGGACAUUGGUCUGGGGAGUGUCAAUUUGCAGCUUCCAACAGAGCACGCGUGCCUCAACCACAAAACGCAGGACAAGUUCCUGCCACUAGGCGUCAGCAGAGCUCUUCCAGUCAAGGUAACUGGCAACAACAGGAAGCACGCAAUUAUGGCCCCACAUCUAGGCAGCAGCCUUACAAUCCGCGAUUUAAUCAAGGUAGACAAGCUAGAGGUGCAAAUUUAGCUCAGUUUUCCGGCAGCCGCAGACACCCAGAGCAUGAAUCAGAAUGGGAGAGGGUGCGUUACAAUUCUCACCAUGAUCUCUUCCCAUCAUCUGAUAAUCCCCGGCUGGACCGCCAAUAGGGAGGCCCAGGUGAGGAUGAGGGACAGCAGUGUGAGGCACUACACACGAUGCUGCAUUUGCAACUGUACCCUAAUACAGAGCACUUGCCCAUGCUAGAAGUAGAAAUAGAUGGUAAGAAAUACCCAUUUUUAGUGGAUAGUGGAGCCACUAAAAGUUCACUGUCUGGAAAAUUCUAUAAUGGGCCUGUUUCCUCUGUGUGUAUCAACACUAUGGGAAUUAACGGAACUAUAGUGCAAUGCCCUAAAACUUAUUCUCUAAAGACACGCUGGGGCCCAAAACCAGAUGAAAUCACAUAUCAUUCAUUCGUAAUUAUCCCAAAUUCGCCUGUGAAUCUAUUAGGCAGAGAUUUAAUGGCAAAAAUGAAUUUGUGUAUUUCAUUUAACACAAAGGGUGAAAUGUUUGCUGACACUGAUAACAGCUAUGUUUUCUCUGCCCUAUGCACCGACAUCAUGGAGAAGGAACAGCCUCUGUGUCAGCUGGACGCCUCAGCAGAGAAUGAACUCAACAUCCUUUUUGUCCGGUACUCCAGUCACACACUGUGCCAAA